AUGGCAGAAACACGAUUUGUUGAGCGCCUGACGCCGCUUGAUUUGAUCAUGCCUGGGGGAUAUGUCGGGGCUCUGCUAGUAUUCCCGACGACGCAGCUAUUUCCAACUAUUUUGACCAAGCUCCAAAACAGUCUAGAUCUUGUAUGCGAGCGAGUGCCAUGGCUUAUGGGUCGAGUGUUUUUCACAUCCGCAGCUAAAGGGCAGUCAUCCACGCUCGAGAUCCGCUGGACCACGACAGACACAUCGCCGCGGAUUACCGACAAGGGCUCUCUUCCGCAUACGUACGAAGACUUAGUAAGGGAUCAAAUACCCCUAGAGAGCAUUCCUGCAGAUAUGUGGACCAGUCGUAGCGCGAUUCAAAUUGAGUCGGGAUCUGGUGCACCUGUCUUUGUAGCCAGCCUCUUCCGUUUCGCUGAUGGCAAGGCGGUUGGGUUGUGCAUCCAGACGCAUCACAAUGCUGUGGAUGGUUUCGGUUUUGCGGAGAUUCUCGGUUUUUGGGCUCGACACAUGAAAGAGUCUUCCAAGUCCACGAUACCGAGCUUCGGUCUCUCGUUGGACAGAAAUAGCCGUCUUGCGAAAGCACUUGAUCAGAGAUCUGCUACACGUCGUCCAUCCCUCGAUGAGCUCUUUGGAAGACAUCCAGAGUAUUCCCGGCAUCCUCCGGUCCUACCAACCGAGGUUUCUGCCUGCACAUCCGAGAUCCUGACUAUCACAAUGGAAAAGAUCAACGGGUUCAAAGAAAAUCUAAAAUUCUACUUAGCAACGGCCCCAUCAACCAACACAGUAGCCUGUGCCCUAUUAUGGUCUGCCAUAAUUCGGGCCCGUAUGCGCCGUAACCCAACUCUUGAAAAUAAAACCAGCCGACUUCCCAUGGCGGUGAAUGGACGAAAACGUCUGGAUACAAAUCUUGCAGAUGCUCAAAACCCGUAUCUCGGGAACAUGGUGCUCUUCUCGCUGGCCGAGAUGCCGGCUCGCGAUGUUAGCGAUUGCGGCCAGGGCGGUGGUCCUUCUACGGAGCUACUUGCAGACGCUUGCCGAAUAAUCGCGCAGGCCCAGUCGCCAGACCGCAUCGAUGCAGGGCACAUUCGUGACGUGUGCAAUAUUAUGAAGGAUCUCGAGGACUACCGAAGCAUCUUCCCCGGGUGGGAGCUGUUUGGGUCCCGGGAUUUGUUCAUUACGAGUUGGGCCGACCUCAACAUGUAUGAGUUUGAUUUUGGUGACGGUCUUGGGAAGCCACAGUCAGUGCGAAUUCCAUACGCGCAGGCUGAUGGGAAUGUAAUUAUUUUACCGAGGAAGAGGAAUGGAGCUGGAGAGAGGCUUGAGGCGGUGAUCAUGCUGAAGAGAGAUGACUUGGAGGUGCUUAAGGAGGACAGCUUGUGGGAAGCUUUGUGA